UCCAGACUGACCCUGGGAGAAGCGCGGUGGCCUCCACUAGCUCGCCUCCCCCAUGUGGCGCUUACGGCAACGUCACUGCUCUGCGACGGAAUGAUCAUGGCUGCUGCCGGGGGAAGCAGCUCUGCUCUCGGUACUUUGCUGCGGCGGCGGCGGCUCUGGCCGCAUCGGAGCUCAGCUUAUUACGCGACGGCUCUGCAGGUGGACAGUAGCCGGCAGAAAGGUCCGUUUGUACGUGGUGGGAAAUCAUCACAAAAUGGAAGGUCCCGGAGAGAGCCUGGAAUUCCCAGGACUGAGAAGAUGGAUUUUGAUCAGGAUUGGACUAGUGUGUACCCAGCUGCAGCUGCUUUUAAGCCUUCCGCUGUUCCUCUCCCUAUUCGAAUGGGCUAUCCAGUGAAAAGAGGAGUACCUCCAGUUAAAGAAGGCAACUUAGAACUUUUAAAGAUUCCCAAUUUCUUGCAUCUGACACCAGUUGCCAUCAAGAACCACUGUGCUGCUCUUAAAGACUUCUGCACAGAGUGGCCAGCUGUCCUGGAUAAUGAUGAGAAAUGUAUGCAACACUUUCCCAUUGAAGUCGAUACAGUAGAUUUUGUUUCAGCAGGCCCAUCUGUUCGUAAUCCCAAAGCAAGAGUGGUGACCUUAAGAGUUAAGCUUUCAAGCCUCAACUUAGAUGACCAUGCAAAGAAGAAGCUCAUUAAACUUGCAGGAGAUAGGUUCUGCAAGGGCACAGAUACCCUUACCAUUACAACAGACAGGUGCCCUUUGAGGAGACAAAACUAUGACUAUGGAGCAUACCUUCUGACAGUUUUGUUCCAUGAAUCGUGGAAAACAGAACAAUGGGAAGAAGAAAAGACUGAGGCUGAUAUGGAGGAAUACAUCUGGGAGAACAGUACCUCUAAAAAGAAUGUUUUGGACACACUGCUUCGAAUGAGAGCAGCUGAAAAAAUGGAAGAAUCCAGCAGAGAGGAACUUUUUGCUACAGAGAUAAUUCAAGACUACAGAAAGUCAGUGAUUGCACUCAAAAAUGAAGGAGAAACAGAGCAGAACCUUUCUGAUUAUAAGCAGUCUGUCAAGAAACUGCUAAACAUGAAUGCCUUGUAGUGAAAAAUACCUUUCCAUGCUUGGCUGCAUAUGCACAUACAAAGAUGGUAUACAUCAUAAAACUAACCAUGAUAUCCACUUAACACUUAAGUAAGUGUCAGCCUUCAUACUGUUGGUUGUUGUAGCAACCUAUGUUCCUUCUGAAUAAAAAUGUAUUUUCCCAGGAAACCCACCAACUUGAAUAUAGCUGCCCAACCUUCUGCCCUCCAGUAGUUGACUGUCCUAGCGAUCAGUAGCAUUGCAUCCAUUCUGCAGACAUUCCUCUGCACAGUUGAGUAACUUUUAUGGUAGUCUAACUUCAGUUGUUUUAUCCAGCACGUUUCUAAUCUAUAACUGCAGAAGAGGGCAACCAAGAUGAUCGGGGGCCUAGAGCACCUUCCUUAUGAGGCAAGACUACAACACCUGGGGCUUUUUAGUUUAGAAAAAAAGAUGACUUUGGGGAGACAUGAUAGAGGUCUAUAAAAUCAUGCAUGGUGUAGAGAAAGUGGAUAGAGAGAAAUUCUCACAUAAGACUAGAACCAGGGGUUAUCUCAUGAAAUUGGUUGUGAAGAAAAUUAGGAGCAACACACAGAAGUACUUUUUCACACAACACAUAAUCAGCUUGUGGAAUUCUCUGCCACAAGAUGUGUUGGCUACUAGUUUGGAUGGCUUUAAGAGGGAUUUGGGUAACUUCAUGGAAGAGAGGUCUAUCAAUGGCUACUAGUCGGUGGGCUAUAGGCCUCCUCCAACCUCAGAGGCAGGAUGCCUCUGAAUACCAGUUGCAGGGGAGUAACAGCAUGAGAGAGGGCAUGCCCUCAACUCCUGCCUGUAGGCUUCCAGUGAGCCACUGUUUGAAACAGGAUGCUGGGCUGGAUGAGCAUCCUUGGGCCUGAUCCAGCAGGGCUGUUCUUAUGUUAAUGAAAUACCUUAUGCAAAUGAUUAAAAUCAAGAUUUGUGGGGCUGGAGGUGGGGCUUUCGGUGUUCACUGUGGGCUCACAUUACCUUAUGUGUUCCAAUAUCCUCAAUCACCUGUUGCCAUUAUUGUUCUAUGUAUCCCUGUUCUGUUGGCCUGGUUUGCAUCAGCACAUGAGAACAUGGUUGGCCGUGCCAGAGAAGCUACGAGCUGAGUCUCAGCUGUGCAUCUCCUGACUGUCAUAUCAACAAUGCUUCAAGUCUAACUGUAUUGCUAAGUACCAGAGCAGUUAAUGAUAAGACACUUGCCAUGCAGGAUUUGCUUCUGGAUGAGAAUGCUGAGGUGGCAAGACCUGGGUGGGCAAGGGUGGCUUGGUUAGCUCCUCUAGUUCUACCUGCCUGGUUCCUUAGUGAAUGAAUGAAUGAAUCAAUUUAUUACAGCCAUAGGCCAUACAGAGGUUCCUUAGUGCUGCAGCAGCCCAGGUGUGAUAGCCUGGCGGAGGUGGUCACAUCAUCUGUUGAGAUUCAUCUGCCUUUGUUUCUGUUGAUAUACCAGCCAUCCUUCUGCCUGAGCUGGGAGAAGAUAUCUCAGUAUGAACGCCCCUAGGCUUGUUAUAUUGGGGAAUUGAUGGACAGGACUUGUCUGGGGCAACUCAAGAAUUCAUGGCUGCCUAUGACAACCAAGGGCUUGUUGCUUUUAUCAGUUCUGAUCUAGUGGCCACCUUGGAUGUGUAUAUGCUGCUUUCAUGUUCAUAAGGAUAUUUUAAACUUUGUACAUAUCGAGGAUGUAGAUAAGGACUUGGAGUGAAUGAGCUUGAUCCCUGCUCUUCCUGGCUUAUGAAAUCUAACAGAAUGGCACUGACUUUUGGGAUACUGGACUUUGUUAAUUACUCUGAGGCAGGCAGGACUAUGGCUUUUGUGAAAGAAGCCCACCUUGAAUCCCUCAGAGCUGAAUAGUUAUUCACCAGUCCAACAUUCCAUAUUUGAGCAAGUUAUUCAAAACUCUGGUGGUGGUAGCCAAAUUUUAGGUUUUCCUGGAAUAAUAUUUAAAAUUACCUUGAUAGCAUGGAAAGCUUGGGCUGAAACUACCAACAUAAAAGAGUGAGCACAGAGAAAUGCAAAGGUAAGAACAGCCUUGCUGGAUCAGGCACAAGGCCCAUCUAGUCCAGCAUCCUGUUUCACACAGUGGCCCACCAGAUGCCUCUGGGGAGCCCACAGGCAAGAAGUAUGUGCAUGCCCUCUCUCCUGGUGUUGCUCCCCUGCAACUAGUAUUGAGAGGCAUCAUGCCUCUGAGGCUGGAGAUAGCCCACAGCCACAUAGUAGUAGCCACUGAUAGACCUGUGCAUCAUGAAUCUGUCUAAGCCCCUUUUAAAGCCAUCCAAGCUGGUGGCCAUCAUCACAUCCCAUGGCAAAGAAUUCCACAGAUAAAUUAUGCGCUGUGUGAAAAAGUACUUCCUCUUGUCGGUCCUAAGCUUCCUAACCUUCAGUUUCAUGGGGUGACCCUUGGUUCUAGUGUUGUGAGAAAUGGAGAAAAAUGUCUGUCCACCUUCUCCCCUUCAUGCAUAAUUUUAUGCACCUUGAUCAUGUCUCCCCUUAGUUGCCUCGAUUUCAAGGUAUAGAGCCCCAGAUGCUGUAGCCUGCAUUUAGGCAACCCAUGAAUUAUUUUUUUAAGCCAAAUGCACAGGAAUAGAAUGGACACAUCUUCAGUUCACAAAGUGCUAUAUAAAUAAGAGCAACUUGUGAGAGAUUCGUAUUUGUAUUUAAUUGUACGUAUUUAAUUUGGGGCUAAUUAAACUAUUGUUGCUGUCCA